AUGUCUCGUCGCUGGGCGCGAAAGCUAGAGCGCUGCUGCUGCACCUUCGCGACCUAUAUUCCCCUAAUCUUCGUCUAUGGCUUGACCACCUGGGCCGUCUGGGUCGAUGUCACCAUUGGGUCCGCGCCCUCCAAAGCCACUUGGCUCGGCACCGGGUCUUCCGCCGUCGCCGUCCUCCUCCAUGGCCUGCUUAACUGGUCUUACACAACCGCCGUCUUCACGAACCCCGGUAGCACGACGAACGACAAUGGCUACAGUACUCUCCCGACCGAGGCGCCCCCGGCCGCCACCUCUUUCACAGUCAAGUCGAACGGCGAGAUACGAUUCUGCAAGAAGUGCCAGGCGAGGAAGCCGGACCGCGCUCACCACUGCUCUACGUGCCGCAGAUGUGUGCUGAAGAUGGACCACCAUUGCCCCUGGUUGGCGACCUGCAUUGGUUUGAAGAACCACAAGGCGUUCCUGCUGUUUCUCAUCUACACGACGUUGUUCUGCUUCUACAGCUUCUUCGUUGCGGGAAGCUGGGUGUAUAUGGAGGUCAUCAACAACACAACAUAUGUGGAGACGCUCAUGCCCAUUAACUUUGUCAUACUCAGCGUGAUGGCCGGUAUCAUCGGCAUCGUGGUCGGCGCGUUCACUGGGUGGCAUAUCAUGCUAGCCAGCCGCGGCCAGACCACCAUUGAAUGCUUGGAGAAGACGCGCUACCUCUCACCUCUCAAGAAGUCCAUGCAGAGCCAGUUUGUCGCUCAGCACAGCGGCGACGGCAUCCCUCUGCCAGCUUACGGCCAGCAACUCCUCGAUAUCCACGCGAACGCAUUACCCGGUAUCACACGACCCGAAGAAGGCGAAGAAUUUCGUGGGCACCCGGGCGCCUCGAGACCGGCAUACCAAAACUACGAAGAAAUGGAACGCGAGCGAGCGAAGAAGCGUUACGAAGAGUACCUCGACGAGCAAGACUCUGAAAAGCUCCCGAACGCUUUCGAUCUUGGCGCGAAGCGCAACCUGUUACAUCUGUUCGGGCCCAAGCCCCUCUUCUGGUUCGUCCCUGUGUGCAAUACCACCGGCGACGGCUGGUCGUGGGAGCCCAGCCCUAAGUGGGUUGCUGCGCGCGAGCGCCUGGCCAGAGAGCGGGAGGAGCAACGAGCCCGCGAGAUGAACGCCGGAUGGGGCAGUGAUGAACCACCGCCAUCCUUUGUGCGUCCACCUCCCACGAAACCCGACGGCGCCGGCCGCCACUACCUGACCUCGCCGCCCUCUCCCCCGGCGGCAAACAGCAGUAUCGACGGGUCUAAGAGGCCCUCCAAGGCCGACCGGGUCCUAGGGCGUGAUCCCAACUUGUACGCGGACGGGUUUCAAGAGUCGAUGCCGAUGCGCAAGCUGAGCCCGCGCGGCACGGCGCUGGAGGAGGAGCUGACGGACAGCGACAUGGACCUGGAUGACGCCACGGCGGCGGAGCACCGCGCCAUGAACCUCGUCACUAACGGCGGAUGGGGCCGGAGCGGUGCAAGCGGAUUACUGAGGAAGAGCAGUCCCACAUCUCCGUCCUUCAGGAACUCGCCGUCCAACGACGACACCGUCGACUGA